CGCCGGUUUCGUUUCACGUUGCCACAUUCGUUCGUUGUUUCGUUGUCCACUGGAUUUCAUCCGAAUAACCGAGAAAACUUGGACUUGCAGCUGGGAAAAAUGCCUGGGAAGUACGACAAGUUGCAGCAGCAGUUCCUCUGCUGCUAUCCGGUGAAGAAGAUGGCCUGGUCGACGGUCAAGUUGCCACUAAACUGGGAGGAUCAGCAGGAGCUUAUAGCAGCCACCUGUGGCCACCCAAUGAACAAGCGAUAUCCGGUGCGUCGCAGCUACCUAGAGGCCUUCCUCAAGCAGCUGAUGCACUUGCUCCGGGAGCAGGAGGAUGUUCACGACGAUAUAUACAGCAGCUUGUGUGCCCCAAUGGGGGAUAACCCCGGUGCAACUGGGGCUUCAUCCCCCUCCUACGGCUACAAGCACUAUCUCCUCGAACCGGGCGUUCACAUAACACUCCGCGAGUGCAAGAGCUUCGUGAGCGAAGGUACUACUGGAUUGUGCACCUGGGAGGCGGCCCUGGCCCUGGCCGAUUACCUCCUGCAGCACCGUGACCUGGUCGUCGGCAAGAACAUUGUGGAGCUGGGAGCUGGCGCUGGGCUAGUGGGAAUCCUUCUCAAACUCCCCGCUCUGGAGCUGAAGACCGGUCAGGUCCUCCUCACCGAUGGCAGUGAGCCGUGUGUCCAGCUGAUGCGCGAGAAUAUCGACCUGAACUUCGUGGAUAAGCCAUCGGAGGAGAAGCCCCAGGCGGAGCAGCUGAACUGGGAAGCGGUCAAAGAGUUCCCCUGGCACUUCCAUGCGGAAACGGAUCUUCUUCUUGCCGCCGAUGUGAUCUACGAUGACUCCCAGUUCAGGGCCCUGCUGGGUGCGCUGGAUUACAUGUACACGAGGCGAGGAAGCGGACUGGAAACCCUGGUGGCCAGCACCGUUCGGAAUAUGGACACACUGCACAAGUUUAUGACCCAGCUGGGUCUUAAAGGCUACAAGGUGACUCCCUGUUCAAAUGUCUCGGCCUGUGCCAGCCACUUUUGUCGCGAUCACACCGCCGCCGUUCAGAUUAUCUCCAUACGACGCUAGUUUUAGUCCUAAAAUAAACCGACACCACGAAAACAAACAUUCACUAUCUGGAUCUCAGUUAAGAACUUAAUGGUUCCGCUGUUUGGAUUGUAAUUAACAGGAUUCAACGGGAGCUAUGAUGGUUCCUAAAUGUUAUCCGUUAAAAAGUAAUAUCUAAAAUACAGUUUCCGAACUUUGAGGAAAGAUAUCACCAGCUUAUCAAUGAAGGUAAAUUAGAGUUGACUUAGUAUGGUGGUAUUCUAUACCGAAAUCAAUGAUCACUGAUCCAAUAUUUUUUUUUAUCAGAGUAUUUGAUAUACAUAUUCCAUAUUCCAUAUAAUAUUUGUGUUACUUUAAUAAUUAGUAUGGUGUUUCUUAACUCAAUGGAAAGAUACCCAUAUAUAACUAGUGGUAUAUUUUAGUUUUUAAACUUUGGUAGAAUUUGAUGGCAAAAUUACACUAUUAAAAUAAGUAAAUUCGGGGCAACAAAUCGAUAUGUAUGGGUAUUUCAAUAUUUGCAAUAUUAAAUAAAAACCUUUCUUCUUAAUCAA